GGCCUGCGAUAAGACUGCGUUUGAUUCACAAAUAGCCCCCAGUCCACGUCCUGCCCGCGCCUCGUAGGGUCAUCGAUUAGAGUGGCCCCGCUGCACCCCCGCUGCAUCUCCGCACCUGUCGUUGAGCAUGUUUGCAACCGACCUGCCGUUGGAGAGAGAGGCUGAGACUGUUGGCGCGAGGAGGGAACGAAAGGCAAAGGAACGAACUGGCCGCCCGCCAUCUACGGGCACUUCCAACACGUCACGAAGCUCAGCCGGCUCUUUUACCAACGAGCGUGAGCUAUGGUGGACCGCGAGCUUGAAGAAGGCCAAGAUCAUCAAGCCAAAGAUCCUACGACCCUCAUCUGUCCAAAGUGGCUCUUCAAGAACGACUGCCGUUACCGUGCCAGGAACGCUGGCUACACAAAAAUCGCGCGAAUUCAAAGACCCGGCGCUGCAGCCAGCCUGGACGUAUACAAGCUCGUUUGCGACCACCCUGCCAUCUGGCAACACUUUUCAGCUGGAACAACAACAACAUCAAGUCCAAGAGCUCGAGGGCGACAAUUCAUCGCGGCAAACAAACUCUACUGUAUCGCGCUUUUCGCGUAAGUUGCUGACCACUCCGAGUAGUACCAAGCUGGUGUCCCCCAAUAGCAGCUCUAUGCAACUCACUCGGUUCCAGCGCUUCAUUCGCAGAAUGGAGUCUGCAGGCCCCAAAGUUAUCCUCGACCGACUCAAGGAGGACUGGCAGGAGUCGACGAGCGAUGGAGUGGACGAAGAGCUCUGGCUGCUGACUGGCUUGCAAAUGCAGAGCAUGGGUCGCGACAAGAGCGCCCCUGUCCCAGCGUGCGACACAGGGCGGAUCCUGGAGCUGUAUGGAAAUCUCUGUAAGUUCGCGACGGUGUUUAGCGAAUGUCACAAGCUGCUGGCCCCUGGCGGUUUCCUGGAAAUCAGAGUCAUGGACGCAGCUCCUGUGCGUAAGACGGCUGGCCCGCUAAUGCGCAUGUGGAUCGAGGACAGGCUGUCGGUCAACCUAGAACGACUAUUCCGAUGCUCGAAACCAUGCUCGCUGCUUCCUGCAUGGCUGACGGAUGCUGGCUUCGAAAUGGUGGAUCAAAACAAGGACCGCAAACUCACACUGCCGUGUGCGUCUGACCCGACGUGCAUGAACGUCGACGAAGAGCUUUCGACCAUGAUUGGACGUGCUCUCUGGAAAGACAUAUGGGACAGUUUUGUCGACGACUGUGCCGACGAGCCAAAGUGGUGGUGGGAGGACCAGGAGAUUUUGGAAGAGUGCCUGAGGUACAAGACUAUGCUGGAGUGCAGGACCAUCUUUGCAUACAAGCGAUGCACGGCCUCUUCGACGCAGCCGUAA